AUGGAAGAGGAUGCCAACUCAUUCCCUGAGGAGGUGCUUUUAGCCAAUGACCCUCUUGUGGAAAAUGCUUGUGUCCUCUCUUGGUUAAGUUCAGGGAAAGAGCAGAAGAAAAGAGACAUCCAGGCCAAGAGCCGGGAGCUGCAGCUGAGGAAGGACUUGAACAUCCUGGAGAUGCUGCACAAGAAGAAAGAACUCUCUAUUCAGAAAAUGAGAAGGGAGCUGCAUGCUUGCCGCCAGAGGAUGGAUUUCAUCGCCAAACAGCAGGCGACUGUGUCCGCCAAUCUGGCUGUGGAGAGAGAGGCCAACAACAUUGCCGCUGUGGGCCGCCUCCAGGCAGUGUCCAGAAGCCUGUGUACUGAGCUGGAGAAGGAAGAGGAGCAGAAGUCCCAGCUCAUGGCCAUGUUGAGGGAGAACGAGAACGCCAUGUGGCACAUUGAGAUCCAGAAGGUGAAGUUUAAGGAUUUCCAAAAGUCUGUCCAUGAGAAGGCCAUGGCGGCUAGCAGGUGCCUCCAGGUGAGGGCAGCCCAGCAGCUGCGCCAGCACGAGGCGGCCUCGGCGAGGAAGGCACGCAGCCAACUGCUGAGGGUCAGGAAGUCUAUGGAAAUGCAGAAGGAGCAGGGGCUCCGGCACCAGAAGUUGCUGGCUGACGCGCAGAGGAACCACAGGGUGGCAGUGAAGUUCCUGAAGGCGACCCUAGGCAGGGUUCGAGAGCGCACGAGAGAGGAGGAGCUGGCAUCACAGGAGCACAUGCGGAGGCGCAUGGAUGCUGUGCUGGCCCUGAAGAACAACAUCACUGCAAACCGCGAACUGCUCCGCAAGAUUCAGGCCUGGAGCCAGGCCAAGACCAAUGUGGCGCAGCAGAAGGCCCAGGCUGAGGAGAAGGAGAUUCUGGCCCAAGGUGGGGACGCCUUCAAGCACCUCGUCCAUCAGCGCAAGCGCCAGGAGCUGGAGGCCCAGACAAAAGCCUUUGAAGAAGAGCAGAAGCUCAGGAAGCUGGAGAUCGUGAGUCGGAUUUUGAAAGAGGAGAGCGAGGAAGAGAACAGGAAGAAGCAGCAGCAUGAGCCUGCGCAGACCACGAGGCGCCUGACUCUGCGGGACAAGACAUGGAAGUACAUCUCCGACUUCUCCAGAGGGUGUGCCAUGCCUGCGGGCACUGUCCACCUACCAUACGACUUCUCUGUGACGCCUCAGUCCUCUCAGUUACUGCAAGCUGCCUCCACUGACUUUGCCCAGAGUGACUUGUGGCCCCUCAACGCAGAGGAGGAGACGCUGGCCAAGCCAGAAAUCCCCGGGCUCUGGGACGAAGACUUCAAGCUCUGCCAGGCACCCAAAGAAGACAUGGACCGGAAGCCCGUGGGUGGGACAAAGAUGGAAAAAGACAUCCUGGCCCGCACCCUGGAGAAGCUACGCAGUGGGCUGGUCCACAAGCAGGUGGUGUCAGGUCGAGAGUUCAAAGGUUGCCCCUUCAACAGCAAACCCAAAGUCAUUCACUUCAAGGACUUUGACGUUGGCAAAGUGUACAAGAAAAAGAUCACGCUGAUCAACGCCACCUACACCAUCAACUACUGCAGAUUGGAGGGUGUGGAGGAGCACCUGCGGGAUUUCAUUCACAUCCACUUUGACCCCCCUGGUCCCAUGUCCGCUGGGAUGUCCUGUGAAGUGCUCGUCACCUUCAAGCCCCUGGUGAACAAAGAUAUGGAAGGGAGCGUCUCCUUUCUGGCGCAGACUGGCAGAUUUUCUGUCCCACUGAAGUGUUCCACAAAGAAAUGUUCUCUGAAACUGGACAAGCAGCUCAUCGACUUCGGCAGCUAUGUGGUGGGUGAGACAGUAACGCGUGUCAUCACAAUGACCAACGUCGGGGGCUUGGCCACGGAUUUCAUCAUCCUCCCAGAGUCAGAGUUCUGUGAGCUGGACGCGAGAGCUACUAACCCGUUUGGAUAUGAAGAGAAAGCUCUCUAUGACAAAAUCACCAGUUACUCUGAGAACUUUUCAGAGGCACCUGAACUCUUCACUGACAAUAUGUUCAUCCCAAGGGGGCUGGGAAAACUGGACAGCAGGGACCAGGAGGAGAAGAGCUCUUCUGAAUCGGAUGAAAUGAUGACCACCACCUUCGUGAUGUCUCCCCAGAGCGAGGACCGAGUCGAAAUCUCACUGGGAGAGGUCCGAGAGGGCAAGAUCGACCCCUUCUGCUCUGUCAGAGUGCCUAUCAUCUUCACACCAGCUACCCCUGGAGUGGUCAGAGCCAAGUUCAAGAUCCUGUUCAAGAAUCAGCAGUGCCAGGCACUCCUUUUCAGCGCCAUUGGCACUGCUGUGGAUGUCCCCGUCUGGGUGCCGGACCCUGAAGUGGACCUGAAGAUCUGCAUGUAUGACCGACUGUACCAGACCUCCAUCCUGAUCCAAACGCGGUCCAAAGUGGCCCUGCGCCUGAAGCUGGAAGUGUGCAAGGAGCUGAGGGCCCACUUCGAGCUUCUUCCCGAGAUGGGCUACAUCCAGGCCCUAUCGUCUUUUUCGGUGCAGCUCAAGUUCCUGCCACGACACUCUCUCCCAGAGGACGCGGGGAAGUACUUUGACAAAGAGAGCAGAGUUCUGGAGGCCCCGAUGACCAUCAGGGUGGCUGACCAGAUCAGACCCGUGGAGUUCACGGUCCACGCCAUCGUCACCACAUCAGACCUGCAGCUGAGCCCCUCAGUGGUGGACUUCGGCUACUGCACCAUCUAUGAAGCCAUCAGAGCUGAGAUCAACCUCUGUAACUGCUCCCUCCUGCCCCAGGAGUUUGGAUUUGUCGGGCUCCCCCAGUUUGUGGACAUUCAGCCCAGUGAUGGUUUUGGGACGAUUCUGCCCCUGGAAACUCUGCAGCUCGACGUGAUCUUCAAGCCCACCAAGGCCAAGGAGUACAGCUUUGAGCUCAUCUGCAAGUCCGAGAUUGGCCGGUGCUUCAAGCUGGAGUGCCAGGCAGUGGCUGUCUCCCCACCACUGGAGCUGUCCCACUGCCAGAUCAAGUUUGCUGCCACCGCCUUGAGUGGUUCCUCGGUGGCCACCCUGUAUGUCGUCAGCACUCACGGCGUUCCCACCGGCUCCCAGGAUGCGGGGCCCACCUCCUUCGAGUUCCUGGUGCCCCUCGACGCACCCAUCACCAUCUCCCCCUGUGUGGGAACCGUGUUUCCCGGAAAGAGGUGCCUGGUCCAGGUGACCUUCGGGCCCAAGCUUCCUGCGGAGCUCAAGCAGCAGGAACCCUUCCAGACCAAAGAUGAGGUCAAGCUGCACCGCAGGAGUACCACCCAGAGGAGGGAGCCGCGGAAGUCCUCAGUGUCGCAGCGGCAGAGCCACGAGCAAGAGCACCGCGCUCGGCAGUCCCAGGCCUCCCACCUGCAGGAGCCCCCGGGCAAAGAGCUAGUGUCCAGCUUGGACCAGUACCAGGCUUUGCAGGGCAGCCUGGCCAGGUCUUUCCAAGGCAAGUUUGACAAGUUUGUGGUCCCCUGCGUUGUGGCCAGCGGCGACCUCAGGGACAAGGAGGGGAUGGAGCCCCUGAACUUCAGCCCCCACCACACCCUCUACCUGGAGCUGUGGUGUCCCACAGUGGCCCCAUCCAUCAUGGUGAUGUCCAACAACGGCAGGACUGUGGUCGAGUUUGAUGAGGUGGCGAUAGGCCACAGCAUCUUGAGGAAGGUCUCUAUCCAGAAUGUGUGCCCCCAAGACCUGGACGUGGACUUCUCCCUGUUGAACCCCGACGGCCCCUUUGUCUUGCUGAACCCCAUCAGCAAGCUGGCAACAGGCGAGAGCCACACCCUGGUGCUGUCCUUCUCUCCCCGCCAGAAUGUCCUGGCCCAGGAGGCGUUGGACAUCAUCACCAAGCGGGGCGCACUGACGCUCACCCUGAGGGGCACGGGUGUGGAGCCCAGGAUCACCUGCUCCAUCCAGGGUGACAUCCUGCACAUGGGCUACGUCAUCGCCAGGGAGAGUGUGUCUGUGGGCUUCAAGCUGCAGAACUGUUCGUCGCUGCCAGUGGAGUUCUCUAUGCAGCUGGACAGCCUGGCGGACAGCAGGUCCAACACGCAGGUGCCCUUGCCGCGCUUCCUGGCAGCAGGGGCCGUGGGGCUACACCGGACGGAGGUCGUAGGCACGCAGAACUACGGCGGGCAGAGCGUGUUCAGUGUGGUCCCCGUGGAGGGCAUCCUGGAGCCCGGCCAGGCGCAGGACUUCACGCUCACCUUCAGCCCUGACCACGAGAGCCUCUACUUCUCGGACCGGCUGCGGGUCGUGCUCUUCAAUAAGAACACGUCCCGCCAGAUCCUCCUGAAGGGCGCCGCCCGCGAGCACAGCAUGUUUGUGGAGGGGGGGGACCCACUCGAUGUGCCCGUGGAGUCCCUGUCGACCGUCCCGCUGCUGGAACACGGAGAAGGCAGUGCCCCCCACUUAGAAGGCGAGGAGCUGAAGGGCAUACUGGUGACACUGGACUACAUCCAGCUGGAUGAGGACACACCGGCUUCUCCAGCCACCCGAGAGUUACAGGUGGGCUGCAUCCGAAGCAACCAGCCAACCUCCAAGAAGGUGGUGGACUUCAGCCUGGACAGUGUCUCGUCCCUGCAGCACAAAGGCUUCACUGUGGAGCCCACCAAGGGCUUUGUGGAGCGCGGCCAGACCAAGACCAUCAGCAUCUCCUGGGUGCCACCCCCGAACUUCGAUUCGGACCACCCCCUCGUGGUGUCAGCUCUGCUGCAGCUCCGUGGGGACGUCAAGGAGACCUACAAGAUCCUCUUUGUGGCUCAGGUGCUGACGAGCGCCACCCCACCCAGUCCCCCAGUUCUGCUUUCUUUGGUCCCGAAGGCCAGAGCACCCACCCCUGCUUCCACCUCAGAGCUGGCAUGA